CUUGACUGAGGUGUCACAUGACAUGGGAAAGUCGCGAUGGUGGCUUUGAGGGUGGAGGGAAGGCCCGGUCGCCUCGCUCGUCUGGUUUCCCUCCAGAUUUUCCUCUCCUUUGUCCAGGCCGCCGGAGCCGGGAGCUGCCGGGGAGAGCCGGGUCUCAGGACUGGUGAGACCCGUGACGCAGAGGCUUGUGGACUGAGUCUGCAGUUGGAGCAUUCGUUUGAACUGGAUGACAGUAUUCGGUUCAAAAAGCGGGGCACCCUUCUGUGGAAUGUAGGCUCUGAUGCCAGUCUUUCACUAAGCCAGAAGCAGUUGAGUGAAGAGGAGCGCAACAAACUUAGAGAAGUGGCUGCUGAGGGUGCACUUUAUCGUGUGCGGAUUCCACGGCAGCCCUUGGGGAGCACUGAAGAGAGUAGUGUUGAAUAUGUCACCUCUUUUGUCCGAGCGUGCUCUAUGGUGGAGUCCCAUCUGUCAGAUAGGCUGACAGUUCAUACAGACAUUGCUGGGAAUAUCAUUGGCCUUUCCAUUGUCACUGUGCCGGGCUCCUGCCAUGGAGCAGAGGUGGAGGACGUGGACCUGGAACUGUUCAAUACUACUGUCCUCCUUCAGCAGCCCAUCCCGGCAGCAGUACCAGAGACAGCAGCAUUUAUUGAGCGCAUGGAGCAAGAGCAGGCACAGAAAGCCAAGAAUCCACAGGAGCAGAAAUCCUUCUUUGCUAAAUAUUGGCAUUUAAUUCUGGGCGGGGCGGUGCUCCUUCUAGUAACCAGCUCUGCAACAGCCCCUCAGGAGCCAGGACGACAGCCCUGAGCAAAAUGGAUGUACAUUAUUCCCAUUGUCCUUUUCCUGAUGAUGUCUGGAGCACCCGAUGCAGGAGGGCAGGGAGGGGGCAAUGGAGGCAGUGCUGGGGGAGGGGGCCGGUGAGGGGGGGAUUGCAUCUUUUCCUGGGUUGUGGAAAGACAUGGUGUAAAUAAAUAUUACCAAGAAAAAACAACAGAACCUCUCUUGGCUUGACUUGUGGAAACAGACUUUGACCUGGCUUUAGGUCUGUGUUGAGAAGGUUGAGAGAAAAACCUGAGGUGAUUACGAACAUGUGCUAUCAGGUGCUGCCUUUGGAAGCUGUUCAGCCAGAAUGCUGAUUGAGGCCAGUUAUAGGGAAUGUUGAAACAGUUUCACAGGCUACUGCUCUGUUAUAAAUCACCUUGACUCCCAAUUCAGGAGAAAGUUGGAAUGCAAGUAAAUUAAUAUAUGCAUACAUACUGGGAUGAAUUAACUCCCAGAUAACCCCAAUUAAUUAUGUGCUCUGUUCCCAAAGUGUGUAGUCCUCCUCAAAGAGACCCAGGGCCCUUCUAGACAGGCCCUAUUUCCCAGAAUCUGAUCCCAGGUUUUCUGUUUAUCCCAGAUUAUCUGGCAGUGCGGACUCAUAUAAUCCAGUUUAAAGCUCCCAAGAUUCAGGAUUAAAAGUGGUCAUGUGGCAAAGCCCAUACUACCACCUUUAAUUCUCUGGUGCUGUCCAGAGGUUUAGGGGUAUAGCUUUCUUUAUCCUCAGCCUGUAUGACUAGUAAGUGAUGGGGACUGUAAUCCAAACACAGGUAGAGCCCGGCAGACUGGGAAAGGGUCUCUUAGAACUCCCUAUAUUUCUAGUGUUUUGUUUUUAAAAGGUUGGCAUAAUAGUUAUUUGUUGGAUGCAUCUAUUACUAGAAAGGAGAAGCUGAUAACUGAGGAUCUUUUAAAGCUUUGAAACAGUGUGGAUGAUGUUGUGCAGGAGAGGGAUGUAGAAUCAAUAAGUUGCAGCUGCCGCUUCUGAUAGCCCUGAAAACAAAGGCCAUGCCUGAGAGGAGACAGUAGGCAGCUUAAGAGAUUCAUUUACUUUAAGCCAGGUGCUGUUUGCUCUAUCUAUGAUACAUUUGUACCCAGGAUUUGCCUUCUAAGAGCAGAAAGUAGAAAGAUUUUGGUAAAAGAAGCUGCAGCUUUUGAGAAACUUGCACACCAUUCACUCAUUAAAAUGUCAAUUGCUGUGAUCUCAUAUUAGGUGAGGUGAGGAUAUAGAUCUUUGAGAUUGAUGUGUUGAACUAACAACCCAUAUCAGUCCAAACCAGCUGGAUAUAAGUUUCUUAUGUGUAUUUGUGUGCGCGCACACACACCUUGUUCCUUUUUGGGAUUCAUUAGCAUCUUUAAAGAAGUUUUAAGGCAGAACAAUGUGUGGUCCAUCAGAUGGUGUUGGAAGUAAAAAUUGCAUCAUCUCUUGCCAUCAUGUGAAUGCUAUGAAAUUGGGAAAAGUCAGUUCUUCCUACCUGCUGCAACCCAGAACCCGACUGUGUAGAUCCCCCGCUCUGGUGGUGCCAGCCGGUGUUCUUCCAUGCUGCGUCCCUCCAAGUGGGACACUCCUUGGAUGUGUGGCCCAGCUUGGCUUGCUUAGAGCUAUCUGGAGCCUCUGUAGCUACAGCAACCACAAAGGAACAGAAUGUGGAACAAGGAGUCAUUCUAGAACAGGAGAAGGAAACCAUGGACAAUGUUGCCUUCUCAAGGGUUGAUCCAUUGUAGUGUUAAUUGGGACCUGUCAAGAUUUGCAAAUUCAUGUUGAGGUUAUAAAAACUGGGUAUAAAAUAUUUGAAUGAGAAUAAUUGAAAUGGCUGUUUUGUCUGAAAAUGAUGGCUGAAAUGUUUGGUUGCUUUUCAGGGACUAUCUACCUAACAAGGAUGGUGGCAUGACCUGUCAUUCCUCUUUUAUCUUCACUGCAGUCUUUAGAGUAGGGCCGAGGACUGCAUAGGUCCCUCUGUUUGAACAAUACAUUGCUGUAUGUUGUCCUUACCAUAAUCUCAUAUGGUGCUAUGGCCCACUACAACAACCUGAAAUAAGUGCUUCAAUUUCAAAAUGUACCCACUGUUUAUGGAAGGGGUGAAUCCAAACCUAUUUCAUCCCCUACUUUUAGGUCACACUCUUAUCAUUAUCUCCUGAGAAGUCAUUUUUGUGUGUGCAGACACUAGACUGAUCACAUGUUUUUUUCCUCCAGUUUUAUUGAUAUCACGAUUUAGCAGCAGCUUCAGUUUCCAAACCUAUUGCAAAGAGAGAUCACCUUCCGACCCCCUCCCCUCCCCCACUGAUGCUGGUGGGGUCGUCCCCAAGCAAUGGGGGAGGUAUAUGGCUUUUCCCAAAAAAAGGGGGACAGAGGUUUAGGAAGCAGGGCUGGUUUUGUUUUCCCCUUUUUUCCCCUUCCCCCUACAUCGUUUCACACACCGAGAAAAAACAAACCAACCCCAAACCAACCAUAAACAGGACAAAAUCUCAAAAGACAAAUGGACGUGCGGGAGGGAGGGUGAGACAAAACAAAUGAAAAAAACCCCGACAUUCCAAACAAGAAGAAACGGGUAAAUAGGGACAGCGCAACACAAGUGGGAGCAGAACUAGGACACCUAGGUUCUCUGACCCAGCAUUCUCCCAGAUGAAGUCUGGGAAUGGCUCCCCUACCCAAUGUAGGCAGCGAACAACCAUGCAAACCCCCAGAAGAACCAAAAUCAACUAGGCUUAGGGAAGGAGGGAACGAGACACACUUUUACCCCCAUACACUUACACACACGCAUACACAGAAUAGUCCAGAAUCUGCAGCCUAUGUUGGGAGGUCCAAUAGGCCCAAAUCUGGCUUUUAACAAGAGACGAGCUGGGCAUUAAUGUUCUCCAUCAUGGAGCCUUUUUCUUGAAAAUGUCACAAGCCCUUUUCCAAUUUGUGUUGAGGAACGUCGUGAUCAUUCUUCAACAGUGGGGCGGAGAUGGAAGGGAGGGCAUGACUGAUGCGUAGUCCUUUAGCGCCACUUCCAAAGCUGUCUCUCCAGGUGAAGUAGUGGGGGAAGGAAGUUCCACCAUUCCCUGGUCUCCCUCCUCCUCCUCCGAGGUUGGAGGUUCAUGCAGAUUGAGGCAAAGGAUCCUGCAUGCAUGCUGGCAAAAUGGAGGAAACCGCCUUACCCCAUUCAGCUUGGACAGCAAGAAAGAUAAUUCCCAAUUUCACAAAAGGUCUAUCAUGACGAGACUAAGGAAGGAGAAUUUGGAGCAUCCCCUCAACAAGAAACCUCAGUCAACUUAGUUCUAAAUUCACAACUGAGAAAAGGGCUUCUUGCAAUGAUGGGAGGACAGCUUCCAACAACAAAAAAAUGCCCCCGCUCUCCCAUUUUCCCCCAAUAGAGAAAUCUGUGGCUUUAAGAGUCAGAACCCCCAACAGAGACGGUCUGUUGGACUUCUGCCAGCCGUGCAGCUUAUUAAAGCCCCAUAAUCUCUGUCGGAACAAAAGUGUGACGCCCUCAAAAGCUUCAGCCUGACUCUUCCUGCAGAACAGAGACUUCCCGCAAAACAUGCACGUCACAAAAAUUGACCCUAACCCGCUCCUUGUAAAAAGAUGAGGGGGAAAAGGCUCUUUCCACGCCAGACAUCUGAUAACACGUGCCCCAUCCCGCUUUAAAAAUGCUCUUUCAUAGCUGCCUUUAUGGCUUCAGGAAAAAAAUGCAAUAGGCAGCAACCUCCUGGGGGAGAUGGAGAUUGAGGAAGGGCAGAUUCUUGCCAACCGUUCUCAGAUGCACCCCAUUGGCACGUCUUCUAGUGUGGAUCAGAGGAAACAAACAGUCCAGAAAGUUCCAAGAGCAUGUCACUGGAACCCUAAAAGAAAGAACAAGGGAGAAGAAAAAAAAACCAAUAUCCUAUUUUUUUUUCCAACUCCUUACUUUACUAGCUUCAGUUUUCAUGUGAACAAUUAUUUUAGACCCAUAGUCACUCUGUCCAAAGCUACUUCUUUGCUCUUUAAUACUGUGCCGGAUGUUAGGUAGCGAUAGUUCUUGAUCCUGGAAGGCACAACAGGUGAAACACUACCCAUGGAAUCCUUGUGUACCAGUGGGAUGGCUGUUCAUUACUAGUUUAUUUGCCCCUCCCCCAAGUGACCGUAUCAAUUGUCUUUUUCCAGUUAAGAAUCUAAUGGUGAUCUCAUUUAUUAAAUGGGAGCUGUCAAUCUUCAAAAUAAACCUAGUAAUUUUGGGAGUUUGUUUUUAAGUUAGGACAUAUUGCCAACCACCCCUUCCACUGGAGCAGUGCAUCAAUUUGUCCCAGCCUGGCUUCACAUGACUUUCAAUGCAAAAUGCAAUCUGUCCAAAGGGAUGGCCUUCAAUGAGAUGAAAGAAAAGAGCUACACUUGUAUCCCUCUCCUGGCCAAAGGGAAAAUUGCAUGAAGAUCUAGAGUCAAGAAAGGUUGAAUGGGCAAAGCAGAUCCCAAAUGAAGUAAAUUAGUCUGUGGUGACAUCAGAUCAGGUCUUUGGGAUAGAGAUACAAAGGACAGCCCCCCUACAAUAGGGUGGAUUUACCAAUUUUUGAAGUAAUCGAUUUCACAUUCAAGUCCAACUAAAAAGCUUUCCCCACCAUUAGACUUAAUGGUCUUGUGAUGGAAGGAAAUUUUCACCUGCAUUACGCCCAGCGGUGCAGCUAAGCAUUGUUGGAUGUUAAGACUCAAAAUUCCUAGCUAUCCAACUGGGAAUAAUGCAGGUCAAAAUCAGGUAACCAUUUUCAAAUUGUUGUUUUCUGCUAAAAUGAAAGCUAUGUGUCAAUUUCUACAUCCCAUUUGCCAGAAGUACUCACAGUCCCUGGUGACAAAGGGCUGGCUGGUCCACCUUAGUCCGAAUGUACAGUUUCUACUACAAUACUGGGUUUGUCCCUUGCUGGAGGAUUCUUGUUGAUGUAGAUGUUCAAAGUUUUUUCCUGAAGAGAGGAGGGGAGGAAGACAAGAGAAGAUCAAAAGUCAAACAGCAGGUUCUCAGAACUGGCAACUGCUUCCAGGUUACCUUGAGCUACAAACCACAGAACUAUCAGUAUCAUCACUGGACCCUAAAUUCUUAUUUUGUUUUGUUUUUUUACAGAGAAGGCAGAAGACGUAGUUGCUCAUUCUUCACUAUGUACUAAUCCACUAAGUUUCACAGUUGUCCUUUCCAACCCAAACCCAUCUUAGUUAAAAUUUGGGAUGCUUUAUUCCAACAUUCACAUUGUUCAGGCUUUCUGCAUUCUUUAGAAGCACGACUUUAUGCUUGGAAUACACUACAAAGUUCUCUCUUAUAUCCUUGUAAUACCACUUGGACGUCACGAUGGCAGAAUUUAUUUCAAAUGCCAAGCUGUUGCUGCAUCAUUGCUUUCAAAACCUCAUAACAAAGCUAGUUCCCAAAAGAGAAAAAGAUUAAUGCUUGGUUUGUAAUACAGAAGACGGUCUGCGGUCUGGAGCAACAUGUUCCCAUCAAGUAUGAGUGGUCUUGUAUUGUUCCUUCUUUGAGAACAUAAAGACAUAAGAAGAUAACAGGAAACCGUGCUGGAUCAGAACAAGUUUUUUUCUAGUCCUGAUUUCUGUUCCCUCAGUAGUGAGCCCUGUGUCUCACUGGGACACCAACAGCAGGAAAUGAGUACAGCCACACAUCUCCUGCUUGUGCUCCCUAUGCACUAGUAUCAGAAGGCAAACUGCCUUUGAGACUGAAGAUAAUACACAUGCAAUAUGAUUAGUAGCUACUAAGAGCUUUACUCUCCAUGGAUUUGUCUGUUUCCUGCAUCACCAGAAUGAUACCACUAUACCAGCCUCACCUCCACCAGCUGGUGCCAGUGUUCAAUGGGUUUGCGCGGGUUUGCCAGCAUCUCAGCCCAGUGGUCUCUUCCAGGCGCGUCAGCAUCACUGCCCACUCGGCACAUCCCAAUGACUUCAUUGUGCCCAAUACUGAGAACAGAAAGGAUAGUUUGGUACCAGCCAUCAAGAGAAGAGGGCAAGCAGUGAAGGGGAAAGGCUAGCUUUCUUUCUCACAAUAAGUUAUGUCCAGUGUGCAUAAGAGAAUAACAAAUCUGCAUAAUUAAUCUACACCGUGAUCUUGGGGACUGGCAAGGGCAGUUGAACACUGGAAGAUGAACAAAAAAUGAUGUUUUUAAAGCUUACUAUAAAUUCUGCCUACUUGCACACUUUGAGAACUAAAAGCAACCACUGCUAAUAACAGAUAAUUACUGUAAUCACUAGUACUUUAUUUGUAUGGAACUUCAAAGCAAAUGCUCAGUUAGUAAAAUCCUCGGUACACUGCUUAUCACAUAAACAAGUCAUUGUAGUGGGUAAUGACAGGGCCACCUACAUGACAUCACUUGAUCCUAAGGUCAGCACCAUAAUCCACUUUAUGCUUAUUUUUUGGGAGGGGGGCAGUGUCUGUGGACUAGGCUGAAAAAGGUCGCCUUAAAAGCUUUGUAACUAAAUGGAUCUCCCGAGUUCUACUCCAGUGCUAUAAUCAUCACAGUGUUGACUGUCCUUGCAAACUGGGGUUUGUGAGUGUGACUCACCAAUCGUAAUCCAUGACUGCCAGUGUGAUGCUGACGUGCUCCAUGCUGUCCUGGGGGAUGUCAAAAACAAGGGCCUCGUUGUAACUGGGAUUAAGAGUAUUCUUCUUGAUGGAUGUCUUGCGCUUCUUCAAUCGUCGUCCUUCGCACAUAAGGGACGCCUUAACAUAAGGAUC